CAACGUGUGUUUUUUUAAGCAGACAGACUUCACUAUAUUAGCUAGAAUACACGGUGGUUUAAAGUUCUGGUCACGCAUUCAGUGGCUCCGCAACUUCUGACAAGCACUCUACCUGUAAGCAUGUGUCCCAGUCAAGAAACAGCAUUGGACUGGAAAGAUUGGUUGUAUUCAGUUCCGCGCAGAGACAACGGCGGACCCUUGUCGUUGGCCGGAGGGCCGAGGAACCUCGUCGUCUAGGAGCUUCAGCUGCGCGGACCGCUUCCCCGGGAAUCCGUUCGCCCGGCGUUGAUAAGGCCCCGCGUCGCAAAGCGAGCUGGAAAGGAACCGGGCGUCGGCGCGGGUGACGAGGAGGCCGCGCCGCGUGUAGUGUUUCAGCAAAGGCAACGGCGUUCCCUCUAAUCUCGUUACCUGGGACACGAAUCGCUAUCGCCGGCCCGCCUCGUACACCUUCUCGAUAUUACCUUUGGAUUCGCGCUGGCAGCUGCACUGUUGGCAUGGUGGUGAUUCCGCGCGCCGUCUGCGACACUUUCUUGAUCUCGGGACGGCUCUGCUCCUGGGCUUUUGUGGAUUAGCGCUUUCGUGCCGCUGUUGCGCGUACGGUGGAAGGGCCGCGGUGGUUUCGUGAGCGGCUGUGGAUACCUGUGGUACCGCAGGGGAUUUCGACCAAUGAUUGGUCGUCGUCGUGGGCAUCUGGAUGUGAACUUCCUUGCUGCUCGGUGCCAUUGUGCUGCUAUCUUUGUGCGCGAACCCGAAGCGAUCUCUCGCUGCAGUGAAUUUCGUGUCCCUGGCCGCACGCCACAAACGGCAUCGGCUCUCACCAGCUGGCACCUUGUGUCGCGCGCGUUGUCAGUGCUUGUGCCGCGCAUCGUUUGAUGUGUAGGCACAACCGUAUACACACGGUUGUCCUGGUGGCCUUCCGAGACAGCGUGACUUCUGCGGAACUAACCUGCAUCGUGCGGCUUUUAGAGAUCGGCCGUUGCACAGCGUAGUUUUCUCAUCUUUUCCUCACGCUCGGGCUGUUCCCUGCGGUUCUCCAGAAGACAGCGAUAGUGAACUGUUUGCACCUGCUCAUCGGAUUCAAGUGACUGAAGCUCAGGCACCUGUCAAUCAAGUACUAAAGCUUCUUGUCCGAUCUUAUGCGAAAAACUAAGAAGGGAGCUGCUAAAGCGUGCGCACAAUGCGAGAAACCUGAAGGCCCGAGCGCUGACCCUUCGGCGGAGCGCAAGCGCCAAGGCUGCGCCGUAAUUUCCGGCUCCUUCCCCUCUCGUGGCAAAGGAGCACCGCACUCGAGCUGGAAGUCGUCGGAGUCGUUUGCCUUCGCGUACAAGCCCGAGCAAGCCGCCGGUGGGUUGUGCCCGCUUAGCACGAGCCACGACAGCGUAACGCUGCGUGCCGAUUCCGGUUAUCGCGCCGGAGCUCCGCUGGCCUUGGGCCAACGGGCCGCGCACAAGCAGCUGACCGCAAGCUCACGGAGGACGAGUGCGUGGGACAGGUUGGCCCUGUCGCUCGUCCCGUCCAAGCGAAUAGAGGCGGCGGCCAUGCUGCAACGGCGAAAAUUUUCGCUCGACUUGGCGAUGAGCGAGGAGGACGUGCCCGGCGUGGUAAAGGCACUGGCGAGUGCGUGCGAAAUCAGCGGCGGUGUGGCCACCCUUCCUCGCUUGAAGAAGUCGCCGGAGGACCUCACCAAGAGGAGUUGGCUGGACCUUCGGGAGGCGCUCCGGAGGAGGAUCUCGAACCGCCUUCGCCGCACUCCUUCGCUGCCCGUCAUGGAUGGGGGAAGGAGUGCCUCUCUUCCCGAUGACGACGACGACCUGACCGGCACUUCUCUGGGAAGAAGCUCGCGGAACGGCAGCGCCUACACGCUGUACGAAGACGAAGACGGCUGCCCCGUCUUUCCUGAGCCCGAAGGCGCACCUUGCCAUCCUUCACCAGCCGACUCUCAGCCACCACACCGCGGCAGCCUGACCGCCGCACAGUCGGUGCCCUUCGGCAUCAGCGAGCUGGGCAACGAUGAUUCCUCGCCCGACGAAAAGAAAGACGUCUACGCAAGGUUCUUCGCCAGAAAGACCCGGACCCUGGAGAAGGCAUCGCCGGGCAGCAGCAAGCAGAAGGCAGUGAAGAGCUUGCGCUCGAAGGGCCGGGACCUCUCUGUGGCUCACCGGAGCAAGAGCCUGACGCAAAUCGACUGCCUGGAAGGCGGCAUGAGCCGUCGCGACGACGAGCCGAGCGGAGGCAGCAGCCCGUCGGACGCCUCCGGUCAGCCGCAGUCGCUGCAGUCGCAGCCGUCCCAGUCGUCGCCCUCGCACCAGCCGCCCCCGUCGCCCGACCGUCUCUCGGUGCCCGAGGACGCGCCGCCGCAGAGGAGCAGGCUGCGGCACACCUCACGGGUCCCUAGCCAAGAGUACCUCGCCGUCGCGAUAGAAGACGAUGUCGGGGACAUCCAGCUACAGGAGUCCAUUCCCGCGGUCAAGGGAGUCAUCCUACGGGAUGCCCUGACGUUACUGCUCGAGCGUCGGGGCCUGGACCUCUCGGCCGUGCAGGUGCUUCAGGAGGGCUCGCGGCGGCCCGCCAACCUCAGCCACGAGACGCACAAGUUCGCCGGCCAGCAGCUCAGGGUCAAAGCCAAAGAUGGUGCCGACCUGCGGGGGUCAGUCAGCCGUGCCAACAGCACGAGCAGUUUGAGCGGCGGGUCCUGGAAGACGCCGGCGUCUCGAACCAACAGCAAUGCCGGUCUCAAGGAGGACAAAAAGGAGCGCAAGAUCUCUGGGAGCCAAAGAGGGCGACGCGGAGCUGUGUCGGCUGAUGAGCUGGUGAAUGAUACCAGUGCCAUCAGCAGUACUAGUCAAGAAAGCAGCUGGAAGGCUGGUAAAUCCAAGCCCGUGCUGGGGAAGCGCACUGGCAUUCUCCUCAACUCAUCCAAAACGGACAAAGAGAUGCGUACCCUGACAGAGUUGCUCAACAGCUAUGACCAGAAUGGCAUCCCCAACCAGCCAGGGCUUCUUACCUUCCGACCUUCUUCGUCAGAGGAGAAGUUUCGACUGGAAGAUAACUGGACCUGCAUUGUUGACAAUCCUGAGUCCCUGCCAAAGCGGGUACGGAACCAACAGGAUGCCAUUUGGGAACUCAUUUCCACUGAAGUCUCAUACAUUCGCACCCUCAAAGUCAUCACUGAGCUAUUCCUGGCAUGCCUAUGCAAUCUGCAGAGCGAACGCAUUCUACAAGAGAUUGACACGGAGCACAUGUUCAGCAACAUCCUCGAGGUGUGCGAGGUCAACCACGUGCUGUGGGACAACUGCCUCCUGCCAGCGCUGACUGUUGCCCGCGCCAACCGGACCCUCCUCAACCCGCUGCACCUGCGGGAGGGGUUCCUCCGCUUCGAGGAGACGUUCCAGCCGUACAUGAAGUACUGCCUCGAACAGACUACCUGCCUGCAUUAUGUCAAAGAGAAGCGACUCGAGAGCGAUCUCUUCAAGACCUACGUGGCGUGGUGCGAAGCUAGGAAAGACUGCGAGAGGCUGCGCUUUACGGACCUCCUUGUCAAGCCCAUGCAGCGGCUCACCAAGUACCCGCUUCUGCUCAAGGCCAUUCAUAAGAAGACCGACGACGAAGAGGCCAAGAAUGCCCUCGUUGAAAUGAAUGAAUGUGUGGAAGCGUUUGUGUAUGCUGUCGACGGGAAGCUGCGACACCUGCACGAACGUGACAGGCUCAAGUCAAUCACGAGCCGCAUUGAAAGCUAUGAUCCAUUUGACAUCAAUAACGACGAGGUCGAAAAGGCCCUCAAAGCCCACUGCGUGUUGGACCUGACUUGCCCCAUGCCGAGUUGUGGCAACCAGCAGAACAGGCAGCUCUUGUUUGAGACAUCAGGUGUCAAACUGAAGGACGCUGGCAGUUCAAGCAAGGUGGAUGUACACUGCUUCCUGUUCACUGAUGUGCUGCUUGUCUGCAAGUCGCUGAGCAAGAAGGGCGACCGUGUGAAGGUGAUUCGGCAGCCAUUCCUCGUUGAGCGUCUGGUCACGUACGAGCUGCGCGACAACAGUGGCCUCAUUGUCAUCUACCUGAACGACUUCGGUGUGGCUGCAUCCUACUUCCUCCUCUACACGAGCGACCCACGAAGCUUCAUGGACCAAAUCCGCAGAGCACAGGAGCAAUACCGGGAGGCGAAGUCGCAGGCGACGAGCGAGAAGCCUCAGCUGGGAUACCUGCAGGACUUGGACGAUGAGGACGACCUGGACAUCCCACGCAGUGCUCUGCUUGUGGCGGCCCGGUCUCCACGUUCGUCCAGCCACUCAAGCCUGGUGCAUUCACACAGUGGCUCCAUCGACAUGAGCGACCCUGCCUCGGUGGCCUCUCUGGCUGGACCGCCCGUGCCCUGCCCAACACCGCUGUUUCAGGGAGCAGCUACUGCUGGUGGCCAAGGCCGAGCAACAAGCUUCGAGCUUGGUGAGCUACGCAAUCCCAGCAUGACUUACGACGACCUCGAUGAGCAAGGAAGGUCGCGAAGCAUGGAGACACGUACCUCGGGCCCAGUCUGCGUCACGGUCACGUCACCGCGGCCUGAGAGGCGGGCUUUCCUUCUCAAGGGUGCCGGCACUAAUGCAACAUCGCCCAACACACUUACUGUGAGCAUUCCCUUCACCCACCCGCAAGAGCUAGAGGAGCCCAAGGAGUACAGGAGCUACCCAACAUCCCCGACCAUUCAGGUGCCAGUCAUGUCAUCAUUGCCUCCCAAGAGUCUCUCGCCGACGUCCCGCUUUGCUGCCGGUUUGCCGCAGCCUUUCCCAGGCUACAACCCGAGUGGAGCGAGCAAGCCACCCCUGCUGAAGACCAAGAAUGUGUCUGGCCUGGUGACUCACAGCGCCCCUCCCAGCGAAGGCCCGAGCCCUGUGCACAGCCUCGAGGGCCCGAAACCCUCUGAGGAGACUGUCAGCCCUCCCGAUUCCGAAGACGAGAGUGGCCGCAAGCGUAUUUCCCGAAGGACAUGUCGACCUGAGAGGCGCCAUCACACAGCAGACUCCUUUGAGCACCUGAAGAACCAGAGGGACCCAUCGAUCCACAAGCGACUCUCGUGGAACUGCGGGCAACAGCACGACGCGUCGUCCGGCGUGGCUAGCACAGCCGGCCGCCUUGUGCACUCGUCGGAAGCGUUCCUCAAGAACAAACACGUUGCCAAGUGUCUGAGCAGCGAAUCUGUGUACAGUUCUAGUGGUGUAAGCAGCACGGGCUCCCUUUUGUUCAGCAGUGCAGGCAGUGGCGAUGCCUGUGACUGUUGCUGCGAUCCGAUCCCCAUUGUUGGGCCCACGGACGACCAAAAGCGGCUCACCAAUGGUGACGAGGAUGACGUGGCGGCAUCUUCAGCCGACAGACACCACCAGCUCAAGACAUUGGGUGCACCAGGGGAGUGCAUCAAGAUAGAUGUGAGUGAGGUGAAGGAUGGGAUCUCAUCAGUGCAGAUAGUGGGUGCAGAGGGCAUGCCAGUGGCCCCUGGCAAGCCGGGCAAACCAUCCCGCUCCGAUCUGCAAAAGAUGAAGGAGUUUCUUCUCAACAGUCGCUCAGUUGAGGCAUCUGAGGUAUGACAACGUCAAUAGUCACCGGGAGAGACAGCACAGACAAGGGACGGGAUUGCCCCAUCGCUCUCAGCUCGGUUAAAAACAGCAAUUGUACAGCCUUCACUGUUUGUUUCGAACUGUCCCACCAGCGAGAGGGGGCAUUCGCUUCCAGCGUUCCCGGGGGUCCACUGGAACAGCACGCUGUCCUUGUCUGGAUAUACAUAUCCCUGCAGUGCAGUGCGUGGACAGCCAUCUGCGACGACGCCUGCGAUGACGCAAUUGAAUGAUGACCACAUUGUAAUAUUCGUUUCAGAAAGAGUUUGUUAAACGGCAUAAGCCUUGAUUCUGUCUUUGUCCUCAGUGUGAGGUUAACGGCUGCCGUUUGGAUAGGAUAGCUCUGCUGCAAUGUUCCGAGACCCUGUUCCGUGUUGCCAAUGUUUACUUUGCCAUGUGUGUGUGUGUCUGUGUGUGGACGUGGCAGUCUGCUAAUGAGGCUGUUCCAUUGGUGUAGUACCUGGUCAUUACCUACCACACUAUGCAUAAGGCGUUUGUUACCUGUGCAUUCCUUGCUUCCCGUACUUAUGAUGGCAGAGAAGUGAAAGGACUUGGUCCUGUAAGCAAAACGUGUGUGUACUUCAGCUGCUUAGGUGGUUUCUUUUAAUUAGUCUCAGCAAGUGUAGUAAGUGCACAAAUAAUUUUGACAUUGUCUCAAGGCAAUCUGGCCAGACAGCUUAAGUAAUGUUCAGCCUAUUCUGCCUUUACGAUGACUAAUAUUUUAUUACUCCCACUGGUGUAUGCCUCAAGUAUUCGUGUGCAAAAAAUUUAGCAGCGAGUUCUUGCUUUAGGAACUGUUUUAUUUAUGACAGGGUCCUCUUAUGCCUUAGGGCGCACCAUUCGGUGUUUUGUUUCCCUUUGUUUCUAGUACUGGCACUGUGCGGUGAUAGCACAGGCUUGUUAUCACUUUUCAAGAAUCUCUGCAUUACUGAACCUCUUAUUCUCUCAUUUUCUUCUCCAAGUCUUAUCUAGGACAGAUGGUGCUUGAGGCGGGUGCUUUUGUACUUCUAACACACCAUGUCAACAUUCUAUGCAGUCAGCCACACAAUGUGCAAUUUAUGGCAGAACCUUGGUUACACACAAUUUUGUGCUUUCGAAAGCCUGCUGAUUUGUUCCCUCAUUUCAUCUUUCUAACAUCUUUGCUGGUAUUAUAUGUUACGUGCCAAACAGUUUCAAGUCGUACUCUAUUUUUUUUUUCUCAUCUCUUUUUCCACCAUCAAGUGGUUUACCGACUACUGCUAUACAUACACAUUGUUCUAAACUCUCCAAGACUACGCUUUCAUGUCUCUGAGCAGUCUAAUCACUCUCAGCUACCACUGUUUUGCCUGGGCCUUAAUGAUAUGAAGACUGUGUAAAAAGAAAAAAAAAAUUGAAGCUUUGAUGCUAGACACGCUGUUACUCUCCUUUGCACCUUAGAUUUUUAUGCCUUUUCGAGUGUGUGUUAUCGCCCAACAGCCAUCUCUGUUCUUGUCGGCAUUUGUUUCUUUAACACUGCAUGCCGAGUGCUUUCUUGUCAGAAAUGCUGUGCUUACCAAAGCAUUCUUGAUAGGAAAAUGCUGAGUACACAGCAGUGAAGAAAUGAAAUGGCCCUGAUAAUGAUGACAUUUAAUGUCAUGCGAAGGAAAAAUUGUGCACCUGAAUGGCAUAAAAUUUCAUGGUGUAAGAAGAAAGGAUGCAGUUCUUCACUAUUUCGCUCCCUUUCUCUCCCCUUUUCCAACAAGCUGUGAUACAGGUCAUGAAAAAAACAAUUCGUAGCUGCGCUGACAAUAGGCAGGUUUUUGUCAUGUUUUGGUGAACAUGUUGCCAUACAGCGUGUAAAUGUUAACGAGCAGCAGGCUGCAAAAAGAAUUUUCGCAUUUGCAGCUGCUUCUGCUGCUGCUGCUAUCUUUCUAUUGUAUAGAUGCCGCUGCAACUUUUUCACUGUAAAGCAUCUAGUAUUUCAUAGACCUGUAGCUUAGUGACCUGUCCCUUGUAGUGGUUCUCGAACUUGUUAUUAUGAACAAAGGUUCUUAAAGCACUUGACUGUGUACAAAUUAGAUAUCUUCGCCCCCCCCCCCCCCCCCCACCCCUCCACCUGCUGGCUGUCAAUCUGAAGUCGGCCCCCUUGCAGCCUGCACUAUUACCCAUGUGAAGUAACAAUGCUAAUGUUGUUGCCAUGUUUACUUUUUUUUGGCUGCAGUCGGUUUCACUUCACGUCCUCUGCUUUCUGUCUGCAAUUCGUUGCAGUGGUACAUGUCUGGAAUGUUUUGCUUAGCGUAUUCAAUUACAUAGAAAGGGUAUGGCUUGACACAUGUUGUAGGAAUUAAUUAUUUCACCCAAUUAAAACAGCCGGCACGUUUCUUAAUGGCACGAGUAAGGAAACGCAUUUCUAUAUGUCUCACUGUCGAAGGUAAAUUUCUCGUGUCUAAUUUCCACUCGUACUUAGCAUGAACUGUCAUUGCUGCAAAUUGUAAGAGAUUGUCAAGCCUAAUACCACGUCGGUGCCAUACUGAGCAAACUUUAUACAUUUUAAACUGGUGCUCAUCUUAUAUGGAACUGAAAUUAAUGUUUAAAAAUUCAUCUGCGUGCUGCUAAACUCUUUAAGUCAUUUUAAAGGGCGUUGCUUUUUUAUCUGUUCUUCUUGACUUAGCAGCCUUCAUGCCUCGCUUGGUUAGGGCUGUAGUUUCUCUUAUGAGUCACCCCAGCGAUGAAGCAUAUUCUUGCUACCAUGGCCCUUCUCUUGGCACAUAGCUCAAGACAUUGAAGCACAGUGUUCCCUUUGGGUAGAUAUUUAUUCACACACUAGCACUACUACUCGUAUAGAAAGCACUGGCACCUGGUUUAGAUGUAGUUGUACCGAGCACCUUGUUUUUCAACCUGAUGGUUGUUUGUGCCCCACUGCAAUAUGUGGGAGAUUUGUGUCCAAGAGAUGUGCUGGCCACGGUUCGGAGCAGCACUUGCAAAUGAAGUUCACUCAUUCAGCUAGUUGAUGGAAGAACUCCAGCUCUUUCUUGAAUUUCUUGUACGUGAUCUUACCUUAACUCUUUUUCUUGGUAACAUUGUAUUGAUGGCUUAUGCCGAACAUGCCAGAAAUGCUCAUUGUGCAGAAGAGCAUUGUUAAUGUUUUCAUGUAGGGUGGCUGGACAUUGACACAUCUUGAAAUAAGGAGUUACAAGGCAGUAAUAUGUCUAGAUUUUUCAGAGGCCUGCAUUGGACCGAUCGUCUCGUGCGUAACCUGUAUUCUUGGCAUCAUCUUGUGGAUGUGUUUUCAAGUUCAAAAACAAAGGCUUGAUGAAGGCCGUAAUAAAUCCCUGGGCUAUAGCAAGCAACCACGCCUUUCAGACCAUGGCCAACACACACUCUUGCCAGCAUGCAUGUGUCAGGUGCCGUGGGAAGUCGGCAAUCCAAUGCAUGUUUACGUAGCAACAAAUUUUGUAUUGGUGUGUACAUAGUGUGUCCACUGCUGUUCUUCUAUGUAGGCUAUUCCUUGGGAUGCCUUUGCCCUCUGGUGUUACUUGAGGGGCUGCCAUGUAUGCGAACUUGUACGCCUUUCCGCGUCUUGUGUCCAUUUUGUGGUGCCACUGUGAGUUUGGAUUUGUCGUUUGUUGCCAGCUCACACGAACUGUAGCUGCAGUAUAGUCAUUACGUGCCCAGGUCUACUCUCUUUUUUUCUGAUGUGGAGGAGCUUGCCUGUGGAUAUUGCAAGACUUGGUUGUUCUGUGCACGGCUACUGUCUCCUACGUUCUUAUCUUUCCCGCUUGUUUCACGACUAUUUCUCUUGGUGUUUUGUUACCUGAAUGACCAUACUGUGAUGACUGCCCGCUCUCAACUUAUGAGCAGCACAACUUAGGGCAAGUGCAGUGCAAAAACAGGGUGGUAGCUGAUGCUGGGCAGAAAUUAGUGCCGCUACUGACCAGCUCCUAUUCGUCUAGCUUGCCGCUCUUAUGUGAUGCUGGGCAGAAAUUAGUGCCGCUACUGACCAGCUCCUAUUCGUCUAGCUUGCCGCUCUUAUGUUAUGUGCAUAUUACGCCAAACGGGUGAAUCUUGAAGGCCAAUCGCUCGCGUAGCUCAAACAAACUGCAGAUAAAGUCUGGGUAGGGGGUGCCACUACAGGGCAUUAGGGAGCUUUAGCAUACUGUCACCGCCACCUUCCCAGCUGUGUGCAUGCCACCGUGUCGAGCAGGUAGCUGUAGCUCUUAUGGUAGUGUGGUGGUAUGCUAAAAAUCUUUAAUGGGUCCUUCGUAAAGCUGCACUGCGUGGCACUGAUAUGCAAGUUCGAGCAAGCAUUACUGUUGUGCUGCAGUUGAUGUUGCUUCCUGUUCAGUGUAAUGUCCUUUUCCAGCACUUUGACCUGUCUUGAACCUUUGCGAAUUUUUUUUGUUGUACAUGUGUUAAUUGCAGCGAAUUGUAAGCUUCACAACUUACUAGCAGUGCAGAGUAGAAUAGAACAGAGUACAGUUGGGUUUUCACGAUUUGGGACUGCAUAAUCUAACAGGGCUGAUGCCUGAUUAAAUUGGCCUUGAGACAGCGAUCACUGCAUGGUCUUGCUUCUGUAAUCAAAAUGGUGCAGCACAUGGCUAAACAACUUGCUUUUUCGGCAUAGCUGCCCUAUGUUGAGUAAUAUUGCGGGCAUCUUCCGUUCAGUUUCAGUACCUAAGGUCAGAACAUGUGGCGCAUAGACAGACGCGUGGGCAUAUAUAGCCUUUCUAUAAAACAGAUGCCUAAAAGGGAAGCUGAUUUAACUGUAAAAACGGCAAUACCGUAGUCCCAUUUAUGUUUGACAUAAGUUCGUUUUACUCAGUAGUUUAACAUAGUGUUAUAACAGCUUGUUAUAAGUUAGCAGUUUCACCCUUAAGACCAAAAUGUUCAGGGCUAGUCCAGGGGGGAUACCUGCGUAAAACUUUUUAACAUUACAUUUUUCCAAUCCGGUUCAAAUCUUGGCUGUCAGAUAAUUGACCAAGAUUUUUGAAGUCUCUUAUGCGAAUGUUGGCAUGCCAUAUUAUCCAUAAGGAGAAAGACAGUUCGCUGCGAUUGACGGAAUUAAAAAGUCAAGCACAUUCAGUUGAGAUUGUCAUUCGUGUGUGUGUGUGUCUGUGUGUCCAGAGGUCUGCACUCUGCUAUGUCUUCAGAAUGCUGUGUGAAUAACAGAUCCCAGCACCCACAUGUACAUAGCCUUAUAAAUAUGAAAUCGUUGGCGUUUUUUCGCAUGUUCAUAAGCGGCAAUAUUAUCAUGCCUGUUGGUCCUCCUGUCUCAAAGAACGGACGGGAGAUUUUUUUCUUCGGUUCUUCUGCGACUGCAGUCGCACAAGUGUACAGCGUAAGUAGAAUAGAUAGAUAUUUUAUUUUCCUGCAAAUCAUAAUAUUUUAUCAUAAUUUAUUGCAGUGUGUAAUUAAUAAUGUUUAGAUGGUAUGUGUGAGAAGAGAGAGAGAUAUAUAUACAUAUAUAUGUUCAGCAUAUAUGUAGGGUUGUCACGAAACAGGUCAACUGUAUUACUAUUCUAGCUGUGAGAGAAGUUGGCGUUCGAAGAUAUACAUGUAUACAUAUAUAUGUACGCACUACACAUGUAUAUUGGAAGAGAAAGCAUAAAACAAACCCUGUGCGGCGCUUGUCCUUUCCUGUAUUAAUUUGAGAUUUGCACCGGGCACUGAUCUCGGAGCGCAUGUAAUCUUGGUUGAACUGUUAGUACAAAAAAAAAAGUAUGAAUAAAAGCUGUUUUGCCUAAAA